AUGAGCUUCGAUAUUGGUCGUGCAAUCUUCAAUCAAGUUGAUACCAAUCGUGAUGGUAACAUCGAUAAAAGCGAAUUUCAACGAUGGGCCAGCAGUAAUAGCAAUCGAGGUGGUGCUGGUCGAACUGGUGCAUCAGGCUAUGAAUCAGCAUCAUUCGGUAGCUCUGGAUUUGGUGCAGGUGCUGGUGUAGCUGGAGGUAACUUUGGUAGCUCAUCAGGCUAUGAGUCGUCAUCCGCAUCGUUCGGUAACGGUGGAUUUGGAGCUGGUGCUGCUGGUGCUGGUUUUGGUGCCUCAUCUGGCGCUGGUUUCGGCGGUGCUUCAAACUAUGAAUCAUCAUCAUUCCAAUCAUCCUCAACAGGAUUUGGUGCUGACAAUGGUGCUAGCUAUGGAGCAUCAGCUGGUUUCGGUGCUGGUGCUGCUCUUGGUGGUGCAUCAAACUAUGAAUCAUCAUCAUUUCAAUCACAAGGUCAAAAUGCUGGUUUCGGAGGUCAAGCACAACAAUCCUCAUCAUACAGUUCACAAACAAAUGUUCAAACCUACCCAACUGAUGCUCAAGGACUCUUCCAAGAUGCAAACCCACAAAUCAUCCGUCGCCCAGCUCCAGGUGGUGUUCAAACCUACACACAAAACAUCCGAGUUCGUUUUCUUCAACCACCACCAAUCCCACCCCCAGGCCCACUCAUCAUCAAAGAAGUUCGUCCACCUCAACCACCCCCACAACCACCUCUUCGUAUUCGUCAACAAGCUCCUUCUCUUCCUCAACCACCCCCACUCGUUCUUCGUGAAAGACCACCACAAAUACCAGCUUCAGUUGCUUCACAAACUGUCAUUCGUCGUUUAGCUGCUUUACCAGUUCCACCACGAUCAGUCAUCAUUGAACGUAUGCCACCCCUCCCACCUAAACCACGUGAUGUCAUCAUCGAACGAUGGGUUCCAUAUGGAGCACAAGCUAAACGUCGUACAAUUGUACAACGUGCACAAGCUGCUCAACAAUAUGCUAAACCACGUAAUGUUAUCAUUCAAUACGAACCCUCACAAGUACGUGUUGUUCGUCAAUUCCAACGACUCGGUGUUACCCAAUCUAACCCACAAGCUUAUCUUCAACAAUAUGGUGCUUCACUCCUCACUUCAGCCGUACUUUUACAACAAGCUCGUGCUGCUGGUGUUGUCGAAGACAUCUCACCUCCCGCUGUUGCUGGUGCUGCUGUUGGUUUCAGUGCUGCAUCAUAUGGUCAAGAAAGCCAAAGUGCCCAAGCAUCAUCAUCACGCUUUGAAAGCAACAGCUUCGGCUCAAAUGCUGGUGCUAGCUUUGGUGGUGCUGGUGCUAGCUUUGGUGGUGCUGAUGCUAGUUUCGGUGGUGCUAGCUUCGGUGGUGCUAAUGCUAGUUUUGGUGCUGAUGCUGGUUUCAGUGGUGCUGGUGCUAGUUUUGGUGCUGAUGCUGGUUUCGGUGGUGCUAGCUUUGGUGGUGCUGAUGCUGGUUUUGGUGCUACUGGUGCUCGAUCUUCAUCAUAUGAAUCAUCAAGCUUCCAAUCAUCAAGCAACGGUGGAUUCGGUGCUGAUGCCGGAUUUGGUGGUGCUGCUGCUGGAUUUGGUGCUGGUGCUGGUUUAACUGGUGGAUUCCAAUCAUCUUCAUCAUCAUUUGAAUCCAACUCAGUUGGUGGUGCCGGAUUCGGUGGUGCUGGUGCUAGCUUUGGUGGUGCUGAUGCUAGUUUCGGUGGUGCUAGCUUUGGUGGCGCUAGUGCUGGAGGCAGUGGAUUCGAUGUUGUCGAUGCUGCUUUCCGAAAUGCCGAUCAAGAUCAAGAUGGAAAACUUAACCGUGCUGAAUUUCUUCGUUUCAUUCAACAAGGUUUAUAA